UGUACCAAURUAGAGCUUAAGCAUGRCGUUCACGSCAAACUGCAAAUGGCAGUUCAAGAUCACAUGACCUGCUUUUUGGGGUUUUACCGUUACAGUUUCAACUUGAGAGUGGGUUAUUUUGAGUUUGCCACAACUGUGAAAAACUGUUCUUUCCAAUGACUAAGUGAUUCAAAAGGUCAGGCACGAAAUUCGUAGGUCUUUGGUUCAGCUCAGCCAUCUGCCGUUUGCCGUUUGCAGUAAAUGUGAUGCUAAAACUCUCUAAUGUUACUGCAGAAACCCUUGUCUCAAUAUCAAUGUACCAAAGAGAUUGUUGGGAUUUAGGUUUUUCUGCGACUUGGGGGCGGAGCUUGCUACAAAUCAACCAGUGAUGCAGAACAAGUUUAUGACAACUCUGCCCCUUAGAUCAAAGGAAAGAACAAAAUCCAAAUAAACUUGAAAUAAAAGAAGUCAAGAUGCAAGUGUUUUUGCUGUAAUUAGCAACAACAAAAGAAGCCAUACAAACUAUGUUUAUUUGUACAAAAAUUGUGGACUGAAAUUAUUUGCCUCAAAUCAUGCACGUGUGAAUGCCUUCCUAAGUAUCAUGUAAAGCUAAGUAUAGUCUGUAUACAUUGUUAAAAAUUGUUUGAUGGCCCAAAACGUCUUUAUUGCCCUUUUUUCUCUUUGCUGAAGUGUGGUGUUUGAAACCAUUUGAGACAAAGUUGGAUUGUUAGGCUUAAAGAGAAAUGAUUUUGUUGUGCUCUAACAGAGUAGCAAAAAGUGCAAACUGUUCCCACAUUUUGUAUUGAGCAACCAAAUCAACAGCUGCCAUGUUGGUUGAUGGAACAAGAGAACUGUUUGUUGAGAACAUCUUGUUAUAUUCACGCAAUAUGCUUUCAUUCUGUACCAUAAAAUUUGCUAAGAACUGCUUUAUAUUUAUGUUGYUUUGUUCAAAAUGGCAAAUUUUUAAAGGAAUAAUAUAUGAAACUUGUAGUUUAUAAAGGAAAAUUGAUUUUAUUACUUUAAAUGGUUUGGGAGUUCCAAUUCAUCUAUUUUCAUGUCAUCAUAUUGAAUCGUGAAAAGGUUUAAUUUCCCAGAGGCAAUAUUUUGGAUUUAAUGAAUAAUUGAUUGGUUGAUUUGAUAUAAAGAACGGUUUUUCUUUUAAAAUAUUGCUAAAUACAGAACGAUUAAUUAACUGAAGCUAUAUUCUCUAAUUUUUCAAUUUCAAUUUCUCUUUUUGUAGAAUUUCACCGUUUUUUUCGUUUCUAUAUGCAAUUUCGUGUAUCGUUUAUUGUAUGGUUAAUUUUCUUGGUUUAAUUUGGGAAAACCUUUCAAAUGCCUACAAGAUUGAAUGAUUGAUUGAUAAAAAUUGUCCCAAUGAACAAAUUUGAUUGGCUGCAAUGCAAGAAAGCCAAUCUAACGUCAAAACGUUUCAAUAUAACCGUGGCAAUUUUGCGUUCUACAUGCCUUUUGAGGUUAAAGAAAAAUGUUGAACCUUGCUGCUUUUAGAUUGCAAUUUCGUUGGGUAGUAGUCCUAGUAAUAUAAACAUGUCGGCGUUUUUUGGUUAUUUCGACACAAAUCACCAAUGUAGAUUAGUGCGUUAAGUAGUUCAAUCAAAAGUGAGUUUUUCGCGAGACUUUUUGAAAUACAUGGAUUUACUAUAAAUACAGUAGACAACCAUAAGCCUAUUGCUUUCUUUGGUUGUUGUGUCAAAAAAAUAAUUGUUUCACAGUUACGAAUGGAAUUACCAUUCGAAAAGAACUUACAGUUUUCGCCAUAAACAUUACUCGGCACACCAAAUUUAGAGACUUAAAAUAYAAACAUUAUACARGAAACUUUAUAAAUUCAUGUUUUUGUUGACAGAAUAAAAAACCCUAAUGAAAGGAUAGCUCUAUGUUUAAAUAAUUAAGCAUCUCACAACCACAGAUGCUCAAUAAUUCAUAACAUUCCUGUGCAAUUGUGAAAGGAUUUUCAGUCCCACUAAGUGAAAAAAACACUGAGCCUUGAUAGACUACGGUCUUUCAGUGGAUUAAGAAUUCAUGSAUUUUGAUAACUAUGUUUGUUUCGAAGUGGAUAGAAAGAUAUUAGCGAUAUGUUCUUAAAAGGUUUAACUGUUUUUUUUCUUACUCUUUAAAAAAAUGACGCUGUUUUCUUUGAGUAUCUCUUUAUACUUCUAUAAUAGCUCUUUAUCUGAUAUGUUCUCCAGUGGUUAAUAUUACCCAAUCAUGGGAACUUCUCUCUCCUUUGCUGUUAGACUCUGCACAUUAAUGAGUUUCAUAUACUUUUCCAUUGUUGCACGUCUUUCUUGUUAAAAAUAGUUAAGUUUUCGUUCAAAUACAUAAAUUCAAAUAUGUCUGCGGACGAAUCUCGUUUAAAAGGCAUUCCUCUUAAUGCCAAGAACCCAAAAAUCUCGAGCACUCAGCGGCUGAUGACGAACUCCAAGAGAAAAGUGARAAGCGCUGAACUUGCUCUCAAAAACCAGAUACUUUUUCAUGCACCAGAAGACGACUACGACCCGUAUUUAGAGAAUUUUGAAAACCCUYUCAAGUAUUUUAAGCAGAACUACAAGAAUCAGAAAAUGGAUCUAACAAAUUGUAGCGUUGGACCUGUUUUAAUUGACGACAUGGCUCAAGCCUUCUUCCCAUCAAUGACAGUAACUGUACUGUUGCUUGGCAACUGUAGACUUGGAAACGAGGGGGCACGCAUCGUUGUUAGAGGGCUAAUGAGUAAUUUGACUGUCGAAGAGUUGGAUUUAUCGGAUAAUGGAAUAACUGUAAGUGCCAUGGGAAUUAUUGGAGAGCUCUUGCAAUGUAAUAUGACUCUCGAGAAAUUGAGUCUUGCUGGGAACUCCUUGACAGACGAAGCUGUGGAUCCUUURCUGAAGUAUCUUCACAGUAAAUGCCUUCUGAAAGAAYUGGACUUGAGUCGGAAUAUACUAUCUGACGGCUUUGGUUAUUCUGCAGCGGACAUGCUUUCAGCUAACAAAACCCUUGAGUCACUCAAGCUAUCAUCCAAUCAGCUCGCUAGUACAGGUCUUGCUGCCAUGGUUACAGGAUUACAGAAGUCCAGACACCUUAACUUUUUGGAUGUCUCUUGGAAUUAUCUUUACGACGCAGGCGCGAAAGCCGUAGCCGACAUCAUUCGAUUGAAUAAGUCGAUAUCUACUCUCGUUGUUUGUGGUAACUUUAUCAGAGCAGAAGGUGCCUCAUAUAUAGCAGAUGCUCUGAAGAAAAACACUACUCUUCAAAGACUAAAUAUCAGUCAUAACUUUAUCCAAAAUGAAGGAGCUCAGUUGCUUCUUCGCUCAAUUUCAUAUUGCGUCAAUACUUCUCUUAAAGAAUUGGAUUUGAACGGGACACUAGUUAACGCUGGUUUUGUCAAYUAUGUGAAAAAAGAUCUACACGAAAAAUUCCCUAAUCUUAAGGUGUUGCGUUACACAGAAUUUAGGSAGUAACGCAUAAGGUAGCGUGACGGAUUAACUUCGACAGUUUAGUUGGAAAUGCAUUGUUUGUCUAGCACAGUCAA